AUGUAUGCCAUUCCUGGCAGAUUCGACAUGGAAGAGGCUAUAGCUUCACGUGAUCUUGAAAGCAUGGAAUCCGAUAGUAGUGUUUUCCCUUCAGAGGUGCUUUCGCCAGACGAUUUAGCUUGGGCAGAUUCAUGCUUAGUCGAUGACCUUGAACCCAGUAAGGGAUGGGAUUCCUGGAGCUCUCUUAACAGAGCCUUGAAUGAGGUGAAUACUGUCAGACGCGACACUUCUCCAAAAAGAUUGCGGGGUGUGACCUUUCCAAUUGGGGACUUAUCAACUUCACGGACUCCAGAGAAAAGGGCUGACAGUAUUACUUGGACUAAUGAAGAAACUGAAAAGCACCCUGAUUUUGAUCGUCUGAUGUCCGAUGAAUCUGACUACUUGAGAAAUGUCUUUCUACCGACAUACAGGGAGGAUGCUUGGGAUGAUGACAGGAGUAAUGAUUCUGAAUCGCUGUCAGCUAUGGGCCGUUGGGAAGAGGAAUCAGAAUCUCGCGAGGAAAUCUUCAAGGUCUGGAAUCUGGACAUUCCUGCUGAAGAAGAUGCCGAUGAUGAAUUUAUAAAUGAGCUAGAAAAAGCAUUUUCUGAAAGUCCCUUUAAGCUCACACCUCCUAAGGGUUUAGGUAAGAAUUCAAUUGACGAUGUUGUUUCUAGCAUGGCAGACCUCUCUUUGGAAAAUCAUGUCAAUUUAUGA